GCCAGCAGGGAUCAGUCGCGGAAGUCUCGGCAUAUAUAAUCAGAGCUCAACAAGAAAAAAUGGCCAAAUACUCGUUGCAUCUUGCUAUCUCAUUGGUACUCAUCCUGACAACAAGUGCAAUCAUCGGAUCACAUGCCUCACAGUUCUGCGGCAAAGAUUUACCAAGGGCCAUGUUCAUCGCAUGUGGUAUUGCCAAACGCAGCGCCCCCUCCAUCGAAACAGAAUCAAUCCCAAAUAUUGAUAGAUUAUUGAAAGGAAACCUCCGAUUCCGUCGAUCAUCAGAGAUUGCCGAUGCAGUUCAUUCCGUCUUCAACGAGAACGCGCGGUCAAAACGAGGCGUCAUCCCCCUGAACGUACUCGCAGACGUCUGCUGCAAAGCCGGAUGCUCACUACGAGAUCUCGCCGGGGCGUGCUAGUAGAUUACGUCGUGACAACAUUGGAACAUUGAGCCUGGGCCAUCAUUGACGUGAAUCUGAAUCUUCGGAUCGCUGCAGGGUGGUUUUGUUCUGAUUUGAAGAGACAGCUUCCUCGCGGUCGUAUUCAAACGCGUCCCAUGUUAACCAAUGCACAACGAGUGAGUUUGAGCAAAAAACCUGCGAACUUUACACAAGCAUCACACAUUGCUUCAUGUUAACAGUGUGGCAACGACAAAGCUAAAAUAGUUCUUGUGUGUACUACGUGUCAAGAAAAAAACUUGUCCUAAGCUCAAUAUACCUUUGUUCCUCAGUGGAAUUUGACCAAAACUUCAGAUAAUGUAGACUGAAGGAACACGUUUGAUGCCGAAUUUCAAUUCACUAAAUACAAGAGUGGGACAUGUUUUUCUUGGCACUAGUACUAGAACAUGUAAAUCAGAAUCGUCUGCUCGAUUCCAAAAUAUCAAAUUAUGACUGUAUGUAUAUUUACCUUAACUUUAAAGUAAUGAAAUGACUAUACUGAGGAAUGCACGCUCCGAUAGUUUGCAGAUAUAGGUUCACAUAGGAAAUGUGAAAAAUAAAAAUAACUACAUUUAUCUUGUUACUACCACCCGUUCGUUGUUCUCUAAAUGUGCCUUCAAGGCCUGUCUCCACUCUAGCGAUUUCUACGCUCUGGCCACAGGCACUUUUCGUGUUCCAUUUCAACUAGUUUAAAAAGUUGAAUAGAGGAGAGAACUACAUGUUCAAGGGUGAUGACCAGAAAUAACGGUUUGAAUGACCUUGUUAGAUCCGGUCAGAUUCUUAACAUCUGAUUUCUGUCAGAUUCGUAUUACAUUCCGGUCGGACUCGGUAAUCAGAAGACCGAUAUACUGACUGGACAGUAUCACCUUUUUGAACACCUGAUACAGUACAUGUAUAUGGAAGGCUGGUGAAUCCACCCCUUAUUAUCAACUCUGACAGUAGAUGUGACAUAUCGCGGCACUCCAUACAACCGAGUAGGUCCCUAUCAUGUCUAUACCCAGAACCAUCAUUGCACAUACAUGUAUGUUCAGUUUUGGUAAUACUAUGUUGUGAUCAACGAAUUAAUAACUCAAUUGUUUUAUGUACAUGUUACCUUUAUUCCUCAAUGGAUAAAUAUAUAUUAUUGCAGCAUUUACAUCACAAAAAGACCAGAACUGAUCGCAUGGGCUAGAGAUAUGUACAUAGUUA